AUGUCGCUGGCCGGUACAGAAGACAUGCAAGGCCAGACCCAACCUGCUGAGACUGCCUUUCGAGGCAGGCAGGAUGACAUACUCCUGCCGUACCAGCCGGAUCCCGACUGCCCCACGCCAUACCAUCGCUACUACCUGACUCGCAAGGACUACGGUCCAUUUUAUCUGGAUCUCAACCCCAACGAUCCACAAUACAUUCAUCGACGCAGAGUUCCUUGCAGCAUUUACUGUGGACAGCAUCUUGACUUGACAGACCUCCCCACGCCAACAUCCACAGAACCAAUCCCCGCAAUCCCACUCGACGGUACCAUGGCUACUCCCACUGCUCAAGAUCCAGCGCCCGCAGCACCAACCGUUGUCGUGCAGCCGGCCGAUUCGGCCACGGCACCUCAGCCAGCGCCUGUCGUCGAAAAGGCGGCACCCGCUGCUGCUCCAGUGGUGCAAUCUGCACCUCCUCCAGCGGCCGCGGCCAACCAAGCGGCACCAGCUGCAACAUCUACUGUGGCACUAGCACCUCCUCCCGUCGCUUCGGAGAAGGUCGCGCCUGUCGUCACAUCCACACCCGUCGGCACCUCCACUGCCGUGGUCGCUCCCAUGCAAGUCCAGCCAGCGUCCACUCCUGUGAUGGUCGCACAGCCGGGUGGCCUGUCCAAAGGAUCUACCGCUCAGCCCAUGACCGGCGACUGGAAGCAACGUUUCUGGCACCCCAGCUGCGGGGAAUGCUGCGGAGCUUUGUGGUGCACAUCUUGCUUUUUUGGCAAGGUCAUGACCCGCAAUGACGCAUAUCCGGUUCCCGUGCAAGAUGCGGACUUUUGCACUCCAUGCUGCGGAUUACACUAUGCCUCCCACCUCAUCUACGGAUGCUUCGCCGUCGUCUGGUGGAGGCGCAACGCGCAAAGACAGAAGUUUGGAAUCAGAGGGAAUGGAUGCGAGGACUGCUUGGCUUCUACUUGCUGCCCCUGCUUUGUGUUGCCCCAGAUGAACUCAGACCUGAAGACCCGAGCUGCGGAGGCUCCACAGCAACCACCUGUCAUGUACGCUCCUCCAGCACAGAACGGCAUGAACUACCCAUCAGUGCGGGCACACGUCUGA